UGAUUGGUUCGUUUCAAUCCUCGCGGGCUACUUGAACGGAGCAAAGCAGCAUUUCUAAAUGUUUCUGUGUAGAUGGACAAAAACUAGCAAGUGCCUGGUUUGCAGCUUUGCAGUUCCAAGCGUGGUUGCCAUCUCAACUGCUUAGUUUUGAUUGAACGAUUCUUUAAACUUCGUAGGCAAGGCUAGCUUAAUGCUAGCCUCCGUAUGAUCAUACGUAAGUGGUCUUUGUAGCUAGUUCAUUUUAUAUUUUUGCAAACGAAAGCACACACGACACCUGUAUUUAUUAUCUCGCUAACCACGAGUGGAAACGUGGGCUUUUUUUUGUUUAAGUGGAAACAUGUCAGUAGCUAACGGUGGACAGGGAAACGCGGCUAGUGAGAAUCACAACCAAGAAAACAUGCUAUCAAAAAGAGGCUCGCUAAAACUCCGAGCUGCUGCAAGCGAAAACCAAGAGAAUCUUCCUCCGAAACAACUCGCUGGGAGAACCGUUUUGGGACCUCUGCAAAACAACCGCCGCAGCAAAACUCAGAACCAACGCGGCACAAAACAGGAGACAUCACAGCCAUUGUCUUGUAAAAAUGAAGAUUUUGGUAAAAGCUGCUACGAGAAGCCCUCUACCAAGCAGCCCUCUUUCCAGAUCCAUUUGGAUGACCCUGAUGGCGCCACCUGCAUCAAGAAGCAGCAGAAGAUGGUGGAACCUGUCCGACUAAAAUGUAUCAGUGAAGAGUCCCAUCUGAUCAACAAUGCUGUGGCCCAGCUCAGACAACCCCUUGCCACUAUUGAUAUUCCAUCUGCAAUGGAUGUCAGCUUUGAUUCUCUCAUGGACAUGUCUGUGGCCGAGGAGGAGGGGAAAGUUCCCGAUGUUAAUGAGGUUCCAGAGUAUGCUGCUGAAAUUCACACGUACCUGAGGGAAAUGGAGGUAAAAACGAGGCCCAAAGCAGGCUACAUGAAGAAGCAACCAGACAUCACCAAUAGCAUGAGGGCCAUCCUUGUGGACUGGCUGGUUGAGGUUGGAGAAGAGUACAAGCUCCAGAAUGAAACUCUUUAUCUGGCUGUCAACUACAUCGAUCGUUUCCUGUCUUCAAUGUCUGUCCUGAGGGGGAAGCUUCAGCUGGUCGGGACUGCUGCUAUGUUACUGGCUUCGAAAUUUGAAGAAAUCUACCCCCCAGAGGUGGCAGAGUUUGUUUACAUCACAGAUGACACCUACACCAAGAAGCAAGUGUUAAAAAUGGAGCAUCUGGUCCUUAAAGUGCUCUGCUUUGAUCUGGCAGCACCAACCAUCAACCAGUUUCUCACCCAGUACUUUCUCCAUCAGUCUGCUAACAAACAAGUGGAGAGCUUGGCAAUGUAUCUUGGGGAGCUCAGUCUGGUUGAUUCAGAUCCGUUCUUGAAAUACCUGCCAUCACAGACUGCUGCUGCAGCCUACGUCUUAGCAAACCACACAGUAACUGGUCACUCAUGGCCCAAGUCCUUAACAGAAAUAACCGGAUACUCCCUGGAGGAUCUGAUGCCAUGUAUCAAGGAUCUGCACCAAAUGCACCUCAGUGCUCCUCAGCAUGCCCAGCAGUCUGUCCGAGAGAAGUACAAGGGCUCAAAGUACCUUGAAGUUUCCUGCAUUGACGCUCCAACUACAUUGCUGCUGAACUGACCCACUCCCUUCUCCAUGUAGUUUUUUUUCCCCCUCCCCCUAAUGAUGUGUGCCAGAACUUCGAAAUGGCCUGCUCUUCUUGGAGUAGAGCUAGAUUGGUGUUUUUUUUUUUUUUUUUACAGAAUUUUUAUAUACACAUUCAUGCCAGAUGCUAACAGUUGUUAGUUAAUCAAGCAGUUUUAAUGGUUUGACUUUUAAUCAAACAAUGUAAAGGGCUCAACCUUUGAGAGGUGCAACCUUCAAAUAUUCAGCCUCACGGGAAGCUGAUUAAAGUGUUUGUCAUGAGUCGGCUGUGUCAUUACAUUUGUGCCCUGGGAUCUAAAGGCUUUUCAAGCCAUUCUGCACUAUCAACUAUGGCUCUUGUAAAUAAAAAUCUUUUAAAGGCUUUCAUUA